CCCUGCCCCUGCCCAGCCCCAGAGCCGCGCAUUGGGCCGGGGCGGCGGGAGUGUGUGUGUGUGGGGACCCGUCCUCCCGUCAGUCCGCCCACCCGUCCGUCCGUGUUUGUUUUCACGGCGGAAAGGCUGGGACCGGAAUGGCGCGGGCUGGCUGCGGCUCUCCCGCACUCGCGGGUGCGCGCCGCGCCUGAGCACCCGCGUUGGCCCGCCCCUCCUUCGGGAGCUGCGGGACGGGCUCGUCUUCCUUCGGGCUUCCUCCCCGGCGGGUCCCGGUGCCUGCGGCGGGGUCGGUGCGGGCCCGCCGAGGGCAGGCGCGGUGAGCUGUGCUGGGGCCGGGUUCCUUGGCCGCGACCCGUGUCCCGGGGCUGCGGUGCAGUGUCCUUGGGCGGGGAGGGAGCGGUGGAGCAAACGAGGGCUUUCUGGUUUCCUUCGCCGUCAGCAGUGGGCUUCCAGUCUUAAGCUAUGACUGCAGUGACUCUGCAAGAUCGAUGCCUUCUGCUGUAAGGACAUAACUUCCAGAGAGGACAGACAUUCCUGAAGAUGUGUGGCUCAAACUGCUUCCAACUGUCUGAACAUUUGUUAUUUAACUGAUGAAGCUUUCCUACCAUUUGCUUUCCUCCUGAAGCCUUCAUCUAUUGAAGGAUCAGAAUUGGGUAUACUAUGGAAUCAAGACCAGCUAAAACAUGAGAAGAUCUAUUCAAGAUGAUCCAGCCAGAAGAUUUUUCACUUUAUAGAAAUAUUAUUUUUGUUUAAUAUGUAAUAUAAUUAGACAAAGCCAAAUUCAGUUACUUUUCCUGAAAUUAGGACGUGCCUGUGGCCUUCAUCAGAAAUGUUUCUAACAUUUUCAAGAAAAAAUAUGUCCCAAAAACUGAGUAUGUUUUUACUAAUCUUUGGAAUCAUUUGGGGUUUGAUGUUGCUACGCUACACUUUUCAGUAUCCAAGACGCCAAAGCAGUGCUGAGUUGCGUGGACAGAUAUUAGAUCUCAGUAAAAGAUAUGUCAAAGCACUGGCAGAAGAAAAUAAAAACCUGAUGAAUGGUGGUGGUGGAGCCUCUAUGUCAGGAUAUGCUGAUCUUAAGAGAACAAUUGCUGUUCUUCUGGAUGACAUCUUACAACGCCUGGUGAAACUGGAAAACAAGGUUGAUUACAUUGUUGUGAAUGGCUCAGCAACAAAUACCACUAAUGGAACUAACCAUCAGGUGCCAGUGACUUCAAACAAACGUGCAAAGCCAGCAAGCAACAUCAGAUAGCAGACAGGCCCGCUUUGUGUUGCUACACCAUUGAUGGAUAAUAUUUAAGAUAAGCUUUUUGUCUCUGGCUAGGGCAAAGCAGUAGUUGACUCUAAAGCAAGCAUAAACUAUUGUAUUCUACAACGUGCUUGGAUCUGUGUAGGCCUAACAUGUGCUUAGGUUCCCAAAGCAUUAUUUCAUUGCCUCUGAGCAGUGCUUCUGAAGUGAUCUUUGUUGUCUCUAAAGAUAUUUUGAUAUGAUUUGAUGUAGUAGGCCAUUGGAUAAUAACAAUACGUGGAAAGCAAUGGGAAACUUAUAGGUAGGUUUCUAAAUAUAUUUAUUUAAGUAUGACUAUAACGUAUCUUUUGGAUAGGUGAGCAGUAUUGUAGUUUAUUCAUUUUUUGUGAUCUGCAUUAAGCCAAGGUAACUGAGGAAAAUGUGUUGCUAAACAGAUGUUAGAAAAUGUGUACACUUAAAAUAUUUUCUUACUUAUUUACUAAAACAAUAUUAAAUUGAGGAUAGCGUUGGUGGUAAUAUUUUAAAAUUGUGACCCAAAGAAUGUCUUUAUUUGCACUAUCUGUCAGAAUAGUUAAAGAGAAUUUACUGUAUAUUUAAGAAAAUUUAUUAUAAUAGGAAAACAUUCUAGGUAGUAACACUGUCCAGGUUUAUCUUUAUGCCAGAGAUAGGGCAGUUAGAUUAUCAAAAGCAAAUCAUCGUCUGUGAUAUCUUAGAUGAUUAUUUCUUAAAAAGAUAUUUAAGUGUAUGUAUUUUGUAAUUGCAGAUAAAAUUAUUUAAGUGAUGGAAAUAAGUUUUGAAUAUGUGAAUAUAGUUUAUUUUUAAACAUUGCUGUUUGUUUUAACAUUUUAAUGCCUUGUAGUUUGAGUUUAGUAUAGCACACCGUCUGCCUGAAUUGCUUUCUUGAUCGGAAGGAAAAGCAAUGAAGGGAAUCAAGGCAUCUCUGCAUUUUACAGGGGUGUGUGUACUAAGGGUGUCUAAUCAUGGAAUAUUUGAGAGCUAAGAUCAUGUUUGCCUUAUGUCUAAGUCAGCCUUACAGCAAAGUGAAUUGCAUGCAGUGUUGGGUGCACUGUAUCUCAAAUGUUACUGAAAUCAUAUUGAAGUGCCACUGAACCUGUUUUUUAAACUGUACUGAAUGUUUGGUGGGGACAGAAUGUUCAGGGACUUUUGCCAAAAGUGUCCUGUAAGUGAGGUUUUGGGGAUGAGUAAAACCAGAGGCACGGGGUGAUACACCAGGCAAAGUUAUGUGUUUUUCUCCUUUCUUCUGUUUCCCUGCUUAUAUUCUCAAUGGUUAUAAAGGAAAAUACAAUUGCAAUCUCAAUUAGUACUUAGUAUCCAGAUGAUUUUUUUUGUCACAUUGUGUGUAAACAUGUCCUCACUUCAAUGCAGAAAGAGAAAAAUAAAUUUUUAAUUGUACUUGUAAA